UCAGGGAAGCAGCUGUAAGCACAUUUUACUUGGAAAGCAAAUGAUUAACGACCAAGUCUUCAGAGUUCAUACACGCAAGUGUUAAUUCCGGCAACAAUUUCGCGGUUUGGUGUAACUGGAAUCAUUUUCGUUCGAAAAGAAUCGAGGAAUGGAAUAUCUUGUGGGCUAAGUUUACAGAGGUUAGACCACGCAACGAAGUUGCUACUUCCAUUUAGAUUACAGCGCUGUUGAUUAACUACAGUUAAGGAAGACUUCGAGAGAAAUGGAGAAUGAAUCAACCCUGGUGCGCAUAUUUGUUGCGCUUGCAUUUCUCUUGUGUUUCACGAGUGCAUCUGAAGAAACUUCAUGGGAUCCAAUGAGAACUUCCAUCUGCCACAGAAACAGCAACUCAGGAGCUGAUGUUCACUGCGAAAGCAACUCAGCGCCUUAUAGCUGCAGUAAUAAAAAUGACGAUAAAGAGAAACUAAAAUAACAUUUACACGAGACUGAGCCGCCAAAGUUCCGUGGUGUGUAUUCAUUCCCAGUGGAUCCUAUUCCAAGGAGAAACUGUUUCGACAAGGGAGCAAUGGAAUUUCUACAAAAGGGGCUUCCAGUGGUACUCGAAAAAUGUACAUUCCAGAAGACUGCCUUAAAAUGGACCAUAGACUACCUAAGAGAGAAUCUGCAAGAUGAAGACCACACGGCAUACUUUUCACACACCAGACAGUUUCUUUAUUACGACGACGAUGAAAUGAAAGGCAUUUACAAAGAAUGGAAACCGCCGAUAAUCAAGAAAUUCUUGAAUUUUAGUAAUUUUACGAAAAUGAUGGAGGAAAUAGAGGAGGCGAACAAUGGGAGCCGAGCUUACUUUCAGUCACUGAUAUAUCUUCAAGAAGGUGUUAGUGCCGCCAUGCAGAACGACAUUGAUUCUUUCAACUAUACCUGGCUACUUGACGUCGUGACGCGCUUGAGCUGGGGCGAGGAUGUUACUAACUUGCUAUUGGUUGGCAUGCCUGAUGUCGUCACGCCUGCGCACUUUGAUGUCUUGGAGAAUCUUUACGUGCAGAUUUUUGGCCGGAAGCGUGUCAUCUUGUUUAGUCCAGAUUACUUCCGUUCUUUGUAUCCCCAUCCUGUGGGACAUCCUCAUGAUCGGCAAACACAGGUGGACUUCGACAAACCUGAUUUUGACUGGUUUCCUAGAUUCCGUGAGAUUAGAGGUAUGGAGGUUGCUUUAGAGCCAGGAGAGGUCUUAUAUAUUCCAAAUCUUUGGUGGCAUUACAUUGAAAGCGAGAUGCACAGCAACACCAUAUCAAUUAAUUUUUGGUUUGAGGGGAAAAAUACCAGCACGGAAGAUGAUGCAAGUAAAAAGAAGACGAACACCACAGAAAUAGAAACAGAAAAUAACAAAGAAUCACACCAAGAAUAUGACAGCUCUCGAGGAAAUGAGGAGCAGUAUGAAGAAACCUUAAGGGGGCACUCCGGGGGAGCUGGAAACAGCGAUUCUCAACAAAUUAACGAACGCAGUGAUGAAUCAAAGGCAGAUGAAACCAUGGUGGGAGGAACCGAGGGAAAAAAGGAUGGAAAGGAAUCAGACGAAGUUGAUUUAAAUGAAGAAGAUGUGAAAGAAAUUGAGCUGUCGGCCGCUGAAUACUUAAUCCUUCUAAGAGAAACAGAGGUAUCGCUUUUCAAGGCUACACGAAGCCACGCAAAGGUGAAGAAAAUAUUGGAUGAAUUGUUAUCGGGAAGAUUUGAUCACAUAUAAUAGUAAUGUUAUUUAUGUCAGCAAGACUGUGACAAUGAUGAAAUUAUAAUGAUAAGAAUUUAAAAAACAUUAGAAGACUGUGAUCUGAUCGCAGAAAAAAAUAUCUUUUAGAAAAUAACUAAGGAAUUUAUAAUUAAUAAUAUCAGAAUAAUACAUAGCUGAAAUCGUGAUGAAAAAAGUCAAUAAACGAGUGAAAAACUGUUUUUUUUUU